UCUGUUGCUCCAGCAAUGACUGGCAGAACUCAGCUUUCUCUUCUUUCUUUUUCUCACGCAGGUGUUGGCAAGAGCAGUUUGCUGCUACGUUUUGCAGACAACACUUUCUCAGGCAGCUACAUUACCACAAUUGGGGUCGACUUCAAAAUUCGGACAGUUGAAAUCAACGGGGAAAAAGUCAAACUACAGAUCUGGGACACGGCGGGACAGGAGCGCUUCCGGACGAUCACGUCAACGUACUACCGAGGGACCCACGGGGUCAUUGUGGUUUAUGACGUCACCAGCGCAGAGUCUUUCGUGAACGUCAAGCGAUGGCUGCAUGAAAUAAACCAGAAUUGCGACGAUGUGUGCCGGAUAUUAGUUGGCAAUAAGAACGAUGAUCCGGAACGGAAAGUGGUAGAGACGGAAGAUGCCUAUAAAUUUGCUGGGCAGAUGGGCAUCCAGCUGUUUGAGACCAGUGCCAAAGAGAACAUUAAUGUGGAAGAGAUGUUCAACUGCAUCACGGAGUUGGUUCUCCGGGCCAAGAAAGACAACCUCGCCAAGCAGCAGCAGCAGCAACAGAACGACGUGGUGAAACUCACAAAGAACAGUAAACGGAAGAAGCGUUGCUGUUAAUGGCCUUCCUCCUCCUCCUCCUUCUCCUCCUCCUCCUCCUCUGGGGGCGGCAGAGACUGGGCGCUCGGGCAGCCCCGCCCUCGCAGCCUGGUGCAUGCGAUGCCCCGGGACUCUUCCUCUCCCCUUCCGUUCUCCCUCCUCACGUGCCGUUAUUUAAAGGAGCUCCCGCCGUCUCCUCGAUCGGGAGGCGCCUUACCUUGACCGUGCCAAGAACAGGAUGGGACGGACGAAGGUCCCGCCCCGACUCCGCCCAUCCUCAAGUUUAUUUUAUUUUUUUCUCUCUCUCCCACCCCUCUUGGAAGAGCAUCUCGUAGACCAGGGGAGACUUGGCCUACGGAGGGGACUUCAGCGUUUGUACAUAAUGUAUAUGGGCUUUGAACCAGCUGCACUUCCCUCGCCGUCGCUUCGGGCUUCUGCCUUCUCUGACUCCACCAAUCAUGAAUUGUUCAGAACUCUCCUCUUUUUGGGGGGGUUGGUUUGUUUGUUUUUGUUUACUUGCUCUCUUCCCCCCCACCCCUCUCUCCAGAAAAUACGGUCCAAGAAUAACCUUAAAACCAGCGGCUGUCGUUGGCUGUUAUUCGUCAGCCUUCAUUAGCCUUUUAAGCGAGGAGUGGAUCCUUGGUGAUCAUUUUUGAAAUUCUUUUUUUUUUUGCCCGAUUCUGGAAUCAUUGGACAUUCCUGGCGUUGUUUUGUGUUCUCUUGCCCUUUGAUUCCCUCCUUUCGAGGGAAGGAUGAAGAUCCCACUUUUAUAACGUUCAAAAUCUCCACGGCAGAGAAAAAUUAGGAAUUAAAACUUGUAUUUGCCCUCCUGGUAGCAUUCCUGUCCUUGUAAGACUUCAGCAACACAAAUCAUCUCUUCCCCCCCCCCCCUUUUUUUUUCCUUUUUUCUUUUUUAAAUAAGCGUGUAUCAUUCUGUACAGGUGUGAAGUUUGAACGGAGAAAUGUGCUUCUGACGGGAUCAGUUCUUUGUGGUUCUCUUCUUCCUUUUUGCCCUCCCCUGGAGAAUUUGGGAAGGGGGGGCUGGAUGUUUUUCGCCUCUUCGAACCAAACCUGCCUCUCGAUUCCAUUUCUAGCUGCCGAAGAGCGAACCAUUCUUCCCAUUAGGUUAAAACAAGAUCAUACGAGCUUCACCCAGCAUAUAAUCACCAGCUUUUGAUCUGAUGCCCCACGGAGCAUAUCAAGAGGGGGCCAAAAAAAAGCCACCCAAUCCUCAAAUCACGUCCCACCCUCGGUUGUCCUGGCGUCUGACAGUGUUAAGAGAUGACCGAUGUCAAUCCUUGGACUUCCGAAUCUUACCGGAAGGGCUGGGCAGAAACCCUGUAUUUAUUGUCCGGCUGCUGUUUUAGGAAAGGAAGCAGCUGCCUGCAGCCGCCCCGCUCAAAGCGAAGAAGGGACCAGGAGGUUCCCCUCCGCCGAAGGGAGCCAUCUUCCACUUCAGCCAGCCGUGUUUCACCGUGGACUUGUAAGAUGCUUCCGACCUUCUCGGAGACAGCUCGGGCCCUGAGCAAUUCAUGGUUUUAGAAGGACCUCCGGCCGCCACGGAAGCCCGUAAAGAGGAACGAGAACAGGGGUUUGGAUGUCGGCCGGGGAGGAGAGGCCGGCCAGAAGCACCGGUGAAAUUCUCAUUUUCUCAAAAACGCAGUGCUCUCUAGUGAACAGGCAGGGUGUGGGGGGGCUAUUUGCCCAGCCUGGGAAUCCCCAAAGGGGAAGGAGAGGGGGAGGCUUCCCAAGGCAACAUCUCCAGGCCUGUCCUCCGGGAGGGUGGUUUGCUACGUAACCUCAUCGUGAGCGCGGCGAAUGGUGCAACAGGGUUGGGAAGGGGAAAAGGUUAGCAGUGCUAAUGUGGAAAGUGAAAAAAAGUCUGACUGGUUUGCUUUAGAUGAUUUCUGUAUAUUCCGGACUUUCUAAUUAACACUUUUUAAAUAAUUAAGAAG